CUCAAGAUAUGCUCUCUUUCUUAUCACCACCUAUUUACAAAUACUACUAUCAGAUGAAGUGGUGGUGGGAGAGUGGUGUGUCGCAGACUCGGAGAGUGAAUUGCAAACUGCUUUGGAUUGGGCCUGUGGUAUUGGAAACGCCAACUGCAGCAAGAUUCAAGUGGGCCAGGCCUGCUUUCAGCCCAAUACCCAUGCUUCUUAUGCCUUCAACAAUUACUAUCAAAAGUUCAAGCGCAGAGGUGGCUCCUGUUACUUCAGAGGCACUGCUCUUGACCCCAGUUAUAACUCUUGCAACUAUGAGCUCACACCCUGAGCUUGAGGUUAUCAAUCUAGAAAUGGUCGAUUUGGACGAGGAAACACAGUUCAGUUGACAAAACGCUGGGGUUCAUGUCAUCGUAUAAUUUCAUUGUUAGCAUCUU